CGAGACACAAACUUACCGCUCUCCGUUGACCAGGAGAGGAGAACUCCUCUCGCAGGACGCGACCCCCCUGCGCGCCAUGGCCGGUUCCCGUCGCGCCCUCCGCUUCGUCCUGCUCCUACCGGCCAUCCUCGGCGCCCUCCUGCCGCCGGCCGCGGCCGCGGGGCCGCCCAAGGUGUCCCUGGCGCUCUAUUACGAGACGCUCUGCCCCUACUGCUCGCGCUUCAUCGUCACCCGCCUCGCCGGGAUCUUCGACAGCGGCCUCAUCCACGCCGUCGACCUCCUGCUCGUCCCCUACGGCAACGCCCACGUCCGCGGCGCCAACAACACCAUCUCCUGCCAGCAUGGCCCCGAUGAAUGCCUUCUGAACAACGUGGAGGCUUGCGCCAUCAACGCGUGGCCGGAUUUGAAUGUGCAUUUCGGUUUCAUCAACUGCGUGGAGGACCUGGUGAUGAACCGCAAGCGCGAGGAAUGGAAGUCGUGCUUCCAGAAACAGGGGCUUGAUCCCAAGCCUGUCAUGGAGUGCUACAACAGUGAGCAUGGCCACAAGCUUUCGCUCAAGUAUGGGAAACAGACUGAUGCGCUUGUGCCCCCGCACAAGUACGUUCCUUGGGUGGUGGUUGAUGGCCAGCCGCUGUACGACGAUUACGAGAACUUCGAAGCUUACGUCUGCAAGGCUUACAAGGGCCAUCCUCCCAAGAUUUGCCAAGGGCUGGGCCGUGACUACCCAAUCGUACAACAGGUGGUGGAGGCCGGCACCGGUGUCACCUACAACUCCGGCGAUUUCGAGCUGGAUGAAGGGGUCGAGGACGAGAUUAAGAUGGUCCAGGGUGAUGACAAUUGAUAGAUUGUAUAUGUCUCCUUUCGGGGCUCCUAUACCGAUAUACGUGAACAUAGGGCAGUUUCAUCUUUCUGUUCAGGUUAAUGGAGAUGAACACCAGUAAUAAAGUGACUUAUGGUGAUGUAAAUUUAUGUUCAAGUUAAUAUGGAGAUAUAUGUGAGCAUUGUCAGUUUUAUUUUUC